AUGUCGCAUGACGAGCUUAGGUCUGUUCGGCAUGAGUUUCCACAGCGACAUGUCCUAUAUCGCAGCAUCAAUUUGAACUGCGUGAACUUACUUUGCUUCGACCAAGGCACCGAUGGACAAUCGUAUGGACACGACUGGCCUGAAGGAAAAUAUCAUGAGCGACAUUUCCGAGAUCCUCGGGGGAGUACACCUCAAUACACGGUUGUACGGAGUUGGGUAGUUAUGUAUAUCGAUGUAAAUUUAUCCACGCACCCACAGAGACAAGGCGAUGACGGCGGCGGUUGCUCUUCACAGGGAGUGUGCCUGGCACAUGUACUGUAUCGCUUUGGGUUCCGGACAGUGUGGGGCGGCCUUCGCGAGGGCAUUCAGCUUGCGGUGACGAAGGACUCAUGCGAACGGCGUAACGAGGUCCCAUCCCCCUCUCAUUUCUAAGUUCUACUUAACAGACUCGCCUCAUUUCGGUCGAUCUGCCAUAGCUUUGCAGCAUUGUUCCCGGUCGCUAAGCGCCUCGAUUGUUGAUUUCCUAUCACACUCAGGGUAAAUUCCGAGUGUCCCGGUGAUUCGCUGAUGGUAUUACAGCUGUCACUAAUUUCUGUAAGCGCCGAAGAAGAUUAUACUUUCUAAGCGCCGUUCUAAAAGUGCAAAGCUUCCCGAUUUGAUGAUUGUUGUGCAAGAAGGCAUGCAGCCUCCAAAGUCCAGAUCUCAUCCAAGAAGUAUACUAUGAAACUAAGCAACGAGACGAAUGCUCCGUCCAUGAUCAUCUGAGCUCAUGUUGUAUCGGCUACACCGUGCCGAAGCAGACUUCCCAAGCGUGAAUGCGCAGUGACAUUCCCACCCAGCCAUGUGUACAGACCUGAAAGCAAGUGCUAGAUUCGGAUAGGGUGGU